CGUCCGUUAGCAACAUAAAGCAUUUAAUUAUGCUUGGAUAUUUGUAUUUUUAAAUCUGGAUCAAUACAGUUGCCAAGCCAGAUAAUAAUAUGCUGCUUGCGUGUGACAGCAGUGGUCAGUCUGCUGCAGUUGGAGUAACACCUGGCGGCGCACAGGUGUAUUGCCAUGGAGGCUGAACCUGUCAGCAGACCAAAUAGAAAAGGCGUGUUGCUCUCAUUCGACACGUACAACUGGCUCAUCCACCUGAGGUACACGCGCAAGGAGACGCAGCAAUGCAAAGUUCUCAUAGGCAACCAGUUGUCCGCGUCCAGGGGAAUGGCUUACUUCCCUAACAUGAUGCAGGGAAUUAUUUUGCGGCAAGAGGGGAAAAUGCAGGAGUCUUUGGACUUCUUCCAAGCGUGCCAGUUAUACAAUCCAGGCCACUUGGAGAACCUCAAGCAAAUCGCCAAAUCCUGGUUGCUUGCUGGAAGACAUGAAGCCGCCUUAGAGACCUACGUGGACAUUGAAAGUGCCCUGCAGAAGCCAGAUUGGGAAAUUUACCACAACAUAGGUGUUUGCCUAUACUAUAUGAAGCAAUAUGCCAAGGCGAAGGAGUACCUGAGAAGGGCAAUCGAGGUGAGCAGCCAGGCUGAGUCGUACCAGGUGCUGAAAAACAUUUUACUUCUGGAGAACGAUCUGGACGGCGCCCUAGAGCUUUUCUCUGCAGCGGAAAAGUCGAACGCCGAUGCUGCUGGUCCAGGAAUAACCCUGAGUCUGGGCCUGCUGCUGGCAAAGGCCCGUCACAGGAACGACGCCUUGCAAAGGCUGAUGAUGGAGACGAAGAACGGCGCCGCCCUGCUGGCCGCCGGCUGCAUCAUGCAGGAGCGCAACGACGUCAACGCUGCCCUCGCCAGGUACAAGCUCGCCUCGCACCUCAUGCCUGAGUCGGCUGCUCUUUGGAACAACGUUGGAAUGUGCUUUUUGAAGAAGCAGAAGUUCGUCGCAGCCGUAUGCUGCUUAAAGAGAGCAAACUACCUGGCACCUUUUGACCAUAAGAUUCUCUACAACCUAGGGCUGAUCCAUUUGGUUAUGCAACAACUCGCCUCCGCGUUUCAUUUCCUGUCCGCCUGGGUGCACCAGUCUCCCUACAGAGGACAGACCUAUAUGCUGCUCGCAGUUGUGAUGUGGAAUUUGGGAUCGGUGGAGGCGGCAAAGGUUUUGUUCGAGCAGGCAGCGCGCAUCGACCAAAAGGACCCAUUGGUGGCUCUCAAUCUUGCCAUUUUCGUUCACAACACCACUAAAGAUACGGAUUUGAUCUCCUCGCAACUCAGAGACUUUCAGGAAAGAAUGCAAAACUUGCAGCAGACCACAGGCGAAUUUGUGGAUGAUGAGUUGGUGCGAGCUGCUCAUUUUUUGGCCGACAGACACCCUCGAGAAGAUAAUCGUAUCGUUGAGGAGGAGAUGAUAAUUUGAAAAUGAAUAUAUGAUGUUAAAAAAUGGUUGCAUUUCCUGUUGAUUUUAUAAAUUUGAGUGAUUCCCUUGCUAAAAUCUAUAUCUUUGAUAUUCGGCGUACAGUACCAUUUUAAUGAAUCGUGUAAUAUUUGCGAGGAGCAAUCAUCGCGAUAAAAGCCUUAUCUUAAACGAGGGAGAAAUUCUCAAUGGUUCUCUUUCUGUCGAUUUAUCAUAGUUGGCUAAAAAUGAAAAAUUGAAG